UCCUCUUCACGAUGAUGCGAGUAUUUGCUUACCUGUUUGUUUGUUUCUUUAUUCUAUCUAAAUUCGAAUUUCAAUUAAAUUUGUUCAUCGGAACGAUUCCGACUCCUUCAGUUCCUCAUCCUUACGCCUAGACACCGGUAGUAGUCAUACGAAUCAUUUGACUCAUAGCCUUAUUCAAUCUUUGGAAGCCUUGGAAAUUUCAACCUUUCGAACCUGGGAAACGAUCAACUUCAGCUGAACAAGCUUCAAACAAACAAUCAUUUCUUUCAUUAUUCAACAUUAUUCAACAUUAUUCAACAUUAUUCAACAUUAUUCAACAUUAUUCAACAGUGCCCAGACAAGGCAACAAUAGUAUCAUUCCGUCACAUUUUUCUUCAUGUUCUCUCGUACAAUGAAUAUCUCAAAUGUUCUACAGGCAAAACUUUCCGCGAAAUCUCCAUCCGUUUGUUUUGUCUUUCAAGUAUUUGUUUCAAAAAAUGCCCGAAAGGAUGCCAUGGGGCUAAUGGGGGCCAAGAACACGGAUGGCUGUGCCUUUUUACUGCGCACAAUGCCUCCACAUUCUUUCUACACUCUAUAAUUCUCCAUGGCUGAGUCAAUGAACUUAUGGCGAAAAGAAGCUAGGCCCCUCCCGUUUUCCGCCGUCUUUCCAAGAACCCAAUGCUUCGCCAGCGGAAGCCUUAAGCUUAUUACUUAACUCCCGUCUACAUCAUACUCAUUCAGGGUCGACGUCACCAACUAAGCUCUGAUUUCCCUCAUCGUAUUUGGAUGAAACUACUCACCGAUGUUAUUUCCCGUUAGUUUGGGUGACUCACUGGUUCAAAAUGAUCAUUUUGGAUCAGUAUAGCACAUUCUAAGGCAGCCACCCAUUGGGUAGAAGCUCCUGUCCAAAAGCAUUGAACUAGGCAAAUAUCCUUCUCGGGCUUUUUCAAUCGAAUGAUUUCGCCUUAUUUGAGAAGUCGUGUGCACAACAGGUAACAAUUGAAUGAUUUCAUUAGUCAAUUUCUCAGUCUCUCCUUUUCUAUAAGUAUGACGAUUUUCAUGUUGUUUGCUCUUUUCAUUAGCAAUAGAUUAACUAUCAGGUUUAUCAUACAUUUACUUAACAGUACUACAAGACUCCAUUCUACGCCUUAUACGCCCUACGAAGCAUUAAUCGACCUUCGCCUCGCACGUAAAAUACAUAAAUACUCCGAAAGUACUCAUCCGAAGAAUCCCAAUGUCCUACACUGAUUCUCGUGGAUUCACAAACACACAAAGAACUACUAUCAUACAUCGGGAAUCUUCUCCAAGGGAUUCAGAAUACUCGUACGAAACUCGUUCAUCCGAUUAUUAUACUGGAUCACAUCAAAACAUGUCAACACGUUUAUCAAGCAAUGGACAUGGUUUUGGAGGAAGUGGCGGAGAACAAAAUGUGAAAUAUAGGGAUGCCGCUGCUGGUAUAUAAAACCUGUGUGAUUUUUUCUCCACAUCUUACUAAUAUUUAUAUUCACAAUAGAUAAGAAAUAUAUUGAAGGAAAAACGUCAAGAAGUGGGAAUGUUCACGUCAUCGCCCAUGGAGAUAGUCACAAACACUACGAUCCAGCGGAACCAAGAGCAAGUGAGGGAAAAGAAAGCGAUUAUAAAAAGACUUCAGCACGCUAUGAAAGAGAAAAAUCGCGCCCAUUGAAUAAUCAUCGUUGAGAACAAAUAGGUUGAUGGUUAUUCAAAGUGAGGCGGAAGAACAUGGGUUAAGGGAAGCUACUCUGAAUGCUACAAAGCGGAAUUUUUGUUAGUCAGGGUCACAUUACGCAGGGAAAUUUUUGAUGGUGGGGGUUUUAUUCAAGCUUAUUGAGCCUUGGGUAAUGGUAGGACAGGACCUUUUUUGGGCAUGGUAUGGGUAUGGAAAUCAUUUGUAUGGAGUUAAGGAAGAAGUGUAUGGACAUAUGUAAGAGUUUUGUACCUCGGGGUAUUUACUAGCUGGGAGUUUAAGAUGGAAUGAUAUGAAAGUCAAGUAUUAGGACGGAUGGAGUUGCCUUUAGAUUGGGUCAGGAUUUA